UGGAAACCGGGGUCGCUGGUGCCUUGGCCCUCCAUAGAUCCACAAUCAGCUCCUUAGACUUUGUCACAUUGAGCUGCAGAUGGUUCUGCUCACACCAUGAAUGUGUACACCUUUAUCAUUUUAUUAACGUCACUUUAUCAUCACCCACCUUCAACCUGAUCAGAGGUCUAAACAGCGAAAAAACUGAAAAACACCUGUGGGAGUAUGCACAUAGCAAAAUCAAGAGAGUCAUUUUAUGUACAAUAAUAGUGAUCAUCUGGAGCAACAGGCUUAUGAUAACACUUGUUGAUUCAUUUGCAGAGAUAAAGAGGUGUAAAGUCGUGAUUUUCCAUUGGUCAAGUGUCACACAAUUCUUUUCUAGCACACAAUGCAUUUCUGGCUAUCUUGCCUUCAUCACUUUGAUGUCUGAGGUUGUUGCUGGUUUCCUCCUAGAGUACACAGUCCAUUGAUUAAUAAUGUGACUUAUAGAUCACCAUAGAUACCAAUAGUUUUACAAAAUAAAAUAUUUGCUGGUACUGUAAUGUUGUUUUGUAUAUUUAGUCUCUAUGUGAUCAACAACUCCUUUCCCAUCCCAUCAUAAUGAGGCACGAGCCAUACACACCUGCACGUGUCCCUGGGGGGGAUCAGUGUCAGCCUUUCUUUAAAUAACAGUUUAAUUGCUGUACUGCAGUUUGACCGCUGGGCGUCGCUGUCCCGUCACACAGCCACCAUGCCGGUACGGGUUAGACCUGACCAUUGGGCAUUCAGUUUGGGUCAGGUGGAAAAGAACGGGUGAUUGGUUUACGAUUCGCCAUACUCUCUCCUGAUUGGACAGAAAGGUGUGAGAAAGAAGAAGGUUGGGAGGAGAGAGAGAGUGUGGAGAUCCACCAGCAGUUUAUCCGCUUCAGUCUCCGCUGACUCUGCCGGUGCAGCACACACACACACACACACACACACACACACGCACACACUGAGGGCUGAGAUGUGACUGUUCACCAGAGGAAUACAGCGUGUUUCUGUGGGAUUUUUUUCUGUCAGCCGGAUAAUGGGAGAGGACAGGCGGGGAGUCCUUUUGGCCAUCCCGGCCACUUGGGUUGCGGUGCUUCUCUGUGUGAUUACUUCGGUGUGCACAGUGGAAGAGACAGUGAUGGAUACAAGGACAGCGACAGCUGAGCUUGGCUGGAUAUCGUUCCCUGCCAAUGGAUGGGAGGAGGUGAGCGGCUAUGAUGAGAACCUCAACACCAUCAGGACAUACCAGGUGUGCAAUGUGUUUGAGCCCAGCCAGAACAACUGGCUCCUCACCACUUACAUCGACCGACGGGCGGCACAACGCAUCUACGUGGAGAUCCGUUUCACCGUACGCGACUGCGCCUCCAUCCCCAGCGUUCUGGGCUCCUGCAAAGAGACGUUCAACCUGUACUACCUGGAAACUGACAGGACUGUGUCAGAGGGCAUCAAAGGGGUGGAGUACUGGGCCAAUGCCCCUUUUCUUAAGGUGGACACCAUCGCAGCAGAUGAGAGUUUCUCCCAGGUUGAUUUUGGGGGAAGGCUAAUGAAGGUGAACACAGAAAUUCGGAGUUUCGGCCCGCUGUCCAAAGGCAGAGGGUUCCACUUAGCCUUCCAGGAUCUGGGCGCUUGCAUGUCCCUUCUGGCUGUCAGAGUAUUCUACAAGAAAUGUCCCAGCAUAGUGCAGAACUUUGCUUUUUUCCCAGAGACACUGACUGGAGCAGAGUCCACCUCAUUAGUCAUCGCUAGAGGAAGUUGUAUCCCCAACGCUGAGGAAGUAGAUGUGCCCAUAAAGCUCUACUGUAACGGUGAUGGAGAGUGGAUGGUACCCAUCGGCAGCUGCAGCUGCAAGGCGGGUUAUGAGCCAGACAAUGGCAACGUGUGUCGAGCUUGCCCUCAGGGCACCUUUAAGUCGUCCCAGGGGGCAGGAUUAUGUCAGCAAUGUCCGCUCAACAGUCGCUCCACCAUCGAGGCUGCCACCCUCUGCGGUUGUCGUAAUGGCUAUUACCGUGGAGACAUGGACAAACCGGAGGACGUGUGCACCAGUGUCCCUUCAGCUCCUCGCAACGUGGUCUCAGUCGUCAACCAGACAUCGGUGAUGCUGGAGUGGCACUCACCACGUGACAUUGGGCACCGGGACGACCUAUCAUAUAAUGUCUUAUGCCGCCGGUGCCACAGCAGCGAGCGCCGGGCAUGUCAGCCAUGUGACGACAGCGUGGCAUUCGUUCCAGGCAAGCGUGGGUUAAAGGAAACGAGGGUGGAGAUCAGCAAGCUGCGGGCCCACACAUCAUACACCUUUGACAUACAGGCAGUCAAUGGAGUAUCCAACAAGAGCCCUUAUCCCGCCCAGCAACUGUCAAUCAACAUUACAACCAAUCAGGCUGCUCCCUCAGUAGUUCCCAUAAUGCACCAAGUGAGCUCAACGAGCCGCAGUUUCUCGUUGUCAUGGCCACCGCCCGAACAGCCCAACGGAAUUAUCCUCGACUACGAGAUACGAUACUAUGACAAGUCCCAGUCAUCAGUGCUGAACAGUUCAGAGAUCCAGAGCGAAACACCCAAUGUUGUUCUGGAGGGUCUGAAGCCGGGGACUGGCUAUGUGGUCCAGGUGAGGGCCCGCACUGUGGCCGGCUAUGGAGCCUACAGCAAGGAGAUGCUCUUCCAGACACUCACUGAUGAUGAGUAUAAGUCAGAGCUGGGACAGCAGCUCUCCCUGAUUGCAGGCUCUUUAGUGGGUGGUGUGUGUAUCGUCUCAUUGGUAGCUAUUGCCAUCAUCUGCACCAGAAGAAGGCAGUUAAAGGAGAGUGUGUACGGUGACAAGCUGCAGCAGUACAACACAGGAGGAGAGGUGACUCUGAGGCCUGACAUGUUCAGUGGUCCCACCCCCACUGUGACCUUUCCCACCCUGUCCGAAGGUCAUAGUUCACCGGGGGUCAAGAUCUACAUCGACCCCUUCACCUACGAGGACCCCAAUGAGGCUGUCCGGGAGUUUGCCAAGGAAAUCGACCCCUCCUGUGUCAAAAUAGAGGAAGUCAUUGGAUCAGGUGAGUUUGGGGAGGUGUACAAAGGUCGCCUGAAGCCUGUUGGGAAAAAAGAAAUUCCUGUGGCCAUCAAGACCCUGAAGGUUGGCUACUCUGAGAGACAGAGGAGGGACUUCCUGUCCGAGGCAUCAAUCAUGGGCCAGUUUGACCAACCAAACAUCAUCAGACUGGAGGGCGUGGUCACCAAGAGCAGGCCUACGAUGAUCAUAACAGAGUUCAUGGAGAACGGAGCACUUGAUUCGUUUCUCAGGCAAAAUGAUGGGCAGUUCCCAGUGAUCCAGCUGGUUGGUAUGCUGAGGGGCAUCGCGUCUGGAAUGAGGUACCUGGCAGAAAUGAGUUAUGUUCACCGGGACCUGGCUGCUCGGAAUAUCUUGGUUAACAGUAACUUGGUGUGUAAGGUGUCUGACUUUGGCUUAUCACGAUAUCUGGAGGAGGACACCUCUGACCCCACCUAUACCAGCUCACUGGGUGGUAAAAUUCCAGUGCGGUGGACGGCUCCAGAGGCGAUCGCCUACAGGAAGUUUACGUCGGCUUCAGAUGUCUGGAGUUAUGGAAUCGUCACCUGGGAGGUGAUGUCAUAUGGAGAAAGGCCUUACUGGGACAUGAGCAACCAAGAUGUGAUAAAUGCCAUCGAGCAGGACUUCAGGCUGCCAGCUCCCAUGGACUGUCCAGUAGUGCUGCACCAGCUGAUGCUGGACUGCUGGCAGAAAGACAGGAACGCACGGCCAAAGUUCCCCGAUAUUGUCAGCAUGUUGGACAAAAUGAUACGCAACCCUGCAUCUCUCAAAGCCGGCACCAACAACGUUGCCCCUGGUCCUUCCCAUCAUCCCUUGUUAGACCGUGGAGCUCCAGACCUGAGCAGCGUGAGCUCUGUGGAAGACUGGCUGGCAGCACUGAAGAUGACCCAGUAUCGAGACUCCUUCCUGGGCUCGGGCUUCACUUCUUUGCCGCUCAUCACACAAAUCACAGCCGAAGAUCUUCAGAGGAUUGGAGUGUCUCUUGCCGGACACCAGAAGAAAAUCCUGACCAGUGUUCAGUCAAUGAGGCACAACAUCGAUGACCAGUCUCCUACUGAAUCUGUGUAACCACACAGGGGAGCGAUACAACAUGAAAUAUUUGACAAGUGUACAGUCUGAACGAGCAGGCUGUCAUCUUUACCCUCAUACACUUCAGUUUGCUACUCUUGGAGAUCUAAACCACUUUACAUGUUUUUAACAAUCAUUGUGGCCAUUUAUGUGUCUGCGUGGACUCAGCAGUCACCAGGUCCCUCCUUCAGUCAUUGGACUGACUUUUCUCAUACCAUUUAGCUUCCCAAAUUGAUUUAUGACUAAAUGCCUCUCGGAGGGAAUUCAAUGCAGAGUUAGUGCAAGAGGAAAAACAAGGCAGACAUGAUUUGUGACUGAAAACAGAACAGUAGUGUCUGGACUUUUCUGUCUAUAAGGGGUACAAUCACAAACACCCAUUCCCAAAAUCUGCCUGCAAGAUAUCUUUAACUUUCAUCAUUGAAAUCUACAGACCAGUUUCUACCAGCUUGACUGUUUGAUUCAAGGAUGACAUGGCCUGGUUUUUAUGUAAGGAUAAAUCACACAAACAUACUACUGUGAAGAGGAAACUGACUGAACAGACAUUCAUAUGAAGGGGCACAAAUUGGACCAAAAGCCUGACAAAAAGUCUUUAAAUCAGUGUUUCUGGAGACAAGACCCAUAGCAGGCUUUGUUAUCUCCAGUAUGUUUUGUUAAGACUACUUCAGUGUGUUGGUGAAAAUUGCUCCCAUUUGAAUCCAGACAACAGUUAAAUGGGACUUUGUGAAUCUAUCUUCAUAUUGAAGAGUCUGUACAUAUUAUGAUAUGGGAUGUUUAUUUCCUAUUUGCUCAUUUGCUUUCACAUUUGCAACAGCAUCAGACAAUUAAUUGUCACUGGAGUAUUUGUGAGCUCUCUAUGAUUAUCUUAAUCUGCCUGACUCAUCAUGGAACAGACUUUGAAGUGGUGUGAACUGCAGACCAAAAAUGUGUUUUUGAAAAAUAGGUUUCAUAGUUCUAUUUUUUGUACUUUCCAUGCAGCCAUGAAAAGAUAAACUCUUCCACACAGAGAGCUAGCCUACUUAAAAUACUUAAUUCAGAGGGAACUCAUAAUGGAUGAUGGUUUAUAGUCAGCACAAAUGCCCUCUGAGUAAAGGCAAUUACAGACCAGAAAACAGAAACAAAAUCAGAUAAAGAAACAUUAAACCAUAGUAGUGUAGUGUAGUGUAAGUCUUUUUUCCAAGCUAGGAAGCAAGGCAACUCAAAGUAUAGAACAUGAGGAAAAACUGCUUAAGAGACUGUGGGUAUUGAGUCAUUACCAGCUGCUGAGACGCACCUGUUGUGAGCACACAGCAGUGGCCAGAGACUCUCAAAAGACAGAAAAGGUAUUCUCAUCCAAUGUUCUUGUGAUUUGGCUGCAAAUCCUAAAGCUGACUGCCAGGCAGGCAUUAAUACAACGCAUGAACAGACCAGAAAAUCCAAUGCUCAUGUGCUGUCCACGCAUGAAACAAAUCUCAUUUCUGUCAAAACUGUAUGGCUGCUGUCCAGAUGGUAAUCAUCACUCUACAGCAGCAGGCAGGGGCCUUUGUAUAAAUUCAGUUUUUAUUAAUUGGCUGCCGGACAUGUCAUUGUUGUCAGAGUCUGUUUUGACAGUCAUAUUUCCCAAUUGACUGAACUAAUUAAUACUGUUGUGUCAGUUUGCAGAUGAAAAGACAUGAAGUGACCUAUCCAACAUUCACUUACAAGCAACAAAGACUGAUUUCACAGACAUGUCAGAGAAAAUAUCCAACAAGAAAAGAUAGUGAAAUACAAAAUGGUGGGGGUUCAGGAUGGAAAUUGCUGGCGUAUUUAACAUGUUUUUAGUGCAUAAAUGUGAUGUUUGACUCACUAGUCUCCACAAAAUAUGAUAUCAAGCAGGCCUGAUCUCACUCUGGGGCACUGAGAGAUGUCUUUUAUCUCAGCGCUGAGCAGAUUACUAGCUGUGAAACAACAGUAGGCUCGCUCGGCCUUCAGCCCAAACCUCUGAUCAUGCGUGUACACCCACAUCCAUAGGAUUACCAGUCUGUAGCACCGAUUGGAUGAUACGAUUUUAGGUGUCUUCCUAUGCUCACAAUGAUAGAAGUGACAGUAUUUAGUUGUUUGCUUUCAACACAUUUUACUGCUGCAUGACGUGUCCUACAGAACAAUGUGUUUGCGUUUGUCUCGCACCACUGCUCUCCACUGCUGUGAUGGUCCAAAGUCUUUUAUUUAUGAACGCUGUGACAUUGAGAGGUCCGGGAAUAUUUCAAACGUCCAAACAUUUUAGUUUCCACAUUUCAACGAAACUCUGCUCCGCCGGCGACAGAAUUACAUUUGCUGCCUGGCAACGAUAGCUUAUUGAACAUUUUAUCAGGAAGUAUUGAGAUCAACUGGGAGCGUGUUGGUGGUUCAGAGGCAUAAUUCGUUGUAAAUAGAUGCCUCUGGAAAAACAGUUUCAGCGCUGGGUGUUUAACCAAGAGUGAGACGACUGUGCCUAAAAGCUCAUAUUGAAUGCCACCUACAAAAAAUGUCAUGCAGAAAUGAAAGCUAUCAACACAGGCAGUUAUCUUACAUUAUAUAACAUCCUUAGCUAAGUGUGAUGUGUCUAUCCUUUGCUGCAUGAUUUUUUUUCCCCUUCUAGUUAACAAGGUUAGAUGUGAGCUUUAAGAGGCAUUUCACAUGUUCCUGGGAUAAUGUUUGUGAAAAUACUAUGACGGCAUAAAUGAUUUACAGCACGUCUUGUAUUUAUACUAUGACAUGUCUUGGUUUAAGCACAAAUAUACACCACAGAGAGGAAAUCUCAGGAACACAACAGAUGGGAGGUUUGUCCACAUUGCUGCAGUAAAUGGGAUCGUGUAUUGGUAAGUCAUAUACUGUAUAAAAAGAAUAAUCCAAGAUGAAGUGCUUUCAGAGUUCAUGGAGAAGACAUUUUCUGUGCUUAUUAAAAGUUAAAUCCACCCUAAAUCCAGCCCCUAACAGAGAGGAACAUAUUACUAAAAUCUUUGAGAGUUCUCUAUUUGUGUAUGUGAACAAGACUAUUAUACGAGAAAACAGAGUAAUUACACUUUAUGAUUAUAUCUGUGCUGAAUGUCUGGGCAUAUCUUCUAGUUCAAGGCUAAAUUACAUUUUUAAUCCUUUAUAUUGAAAGCAGGGAGUUUUGACAACAAGCUUUUUAAAUGUUUCUCAUUUUUCUUUUUUCUCUUUUUUAUGAAGGGUCUCAUGUUGAAAAAUACAAAUCACAAAGCUUCCGAUUUCCUACUUUAGGCACAUAAACCAUUUUAUCAACCAAACUAAACCAAGCAAAAGUUUUGAAAUUUUAUUGUAAAAUCAAUGGAAAAAUCUGCCAGUAACUGUAAACGUUUUAAAGAUAAAAUGUUUCCCUAAGACACUGGCUGUGUCUCAAUACUACAUACUAAAUCUCAGCAGGUUUUGAGUAUAAAUUGUGUUCACUCUGGAAGUAUACUCAAAAAAGUCAGGAUGCAUACUAUUAAAUACCUUGAUUUUUGAGUCUGCUGUUGAUGGACACGACAUUUGAAAGUUGCAAUGUUAGUGACAUGCAUCGGCGCAUCAUUUCCUGUUAAACUGUUAAAGGUGCCCUGUGGAGUUUUCUUAUAAAAAAAGUUUCUGUUUACAUUCGGUGUUACGCAAAACGCAUUGUGUGUAUCCUUGAGACAAACAUGGUGAAUGUAUUUCCUUCAUUAUAAAACAUUUAACACAAGUACAUUUUUUUAAACAGUUUUAAACCUGCAUUGUUUACAUCAUGUGAGCUUGCUAUCAGUCUUCGUCUUCCCUUCCUUUAAAUGACACGUUUCAGCAGACCAGUGGAACAAUGUGAAACCAUUAGGAGGGGUGUGAAUCACGUCAUCCACGUGCCUGUGCAUGUGCACAAAAACGGUGACCCACUCAUAAAAACAUAAAUCCAUAGUGCUACUAAUGGUCAAAAACUCUAUGGGGUUCCUUUUAAGUUUUAUCUGUAUUUUGUAUACAGCUAAAAAAGUAUACUAUGCAUUUAUACCUUUUCAACAUCUGGCUAGAAUGCGUCUCCAAUCGGAUUUCAGUCCGUCUUGAAUGCUUCUUUGAUGCAUUACGCUUUCUUGAGAUCGGAUUGCUAUCUGAUCCGGCCAGGACGUAUGAAGUGACUAAGUGUAAAUGGGGUCAUUGUCUAAGGGAAAAAUUAAUGUGACUUUUACUUGCAGAACCAGGGAAACCCGAAAUAGCUCCUCCUCCCACUUCACAACUCUAUAUAGUAUGGAUUUGGGACACAGCUACUGUUUUAAAGUUGUUCUCUCCUUUAAAGGAAAGCUCCACUUGUGAAUAUCCUUAAUGGUUGCUAUAUUUGUAAUACUUGUUGUUUAUUAGGAUGUAAUUUUGCUAUGAAGUGUUGCUUAAUACUUUAGUGUAAAGAGUGGCAGUACCUGACCAGUUUGUGAACAUUAAGGUGUGACCACAGUUUCUCUCCUUUGUAGAAACUCAACAUUUCACAGCUGCAAUGCAUUCUGGUCUGCUGGGAUUACUGCCAAUGGAGACGACUAUGAUAAAUUUCUCUCUGUUCAUUGUUGAAUGGUGGUACAAAUGGCAGCUGCAGACAAAAGCCCUCGCAAGCCUUCUGAGGGACCGACACCAAAACCUGACAUUUACUGCAGAUGUUUUAGAUAGAAAACUCCAUUCAGUCUCCACUGUAACUGUGCUGGAAAUAUAUCAACGUGAUGUUGCAUUAUGUUUGACCAAUUAACCACUGAAACAGGAAAAAUAUACCACUAAACAACAACAUAGGCUCAGAAAUGCCAUUUGUGUUCACCAGAAGCUCCUCCAAGUGCUUUAGGGUGGAUUUAUCUUUUAAUUGCAGUUAUUUUCUAGAAGCUGGACCGACUCGGCUGCUUUUCUACUCUCCUAUUGCUUUGGUGUAAUAGAUACUGUAGGUGAUGCCGGAGAUGAGAGGAGGCGAGUUAUGAAGAGAGGAGAAAAAGUGAAAGGGAAUAGGAAAUAGAAGGGGCAAGAGGAGAAGGGAAGGAUAACAGAAGAAGAGAGAAAAAGAAGGGGUGGAGGCGCGAGAGGCAAAGCUCGACUCUCGUGUUUGAAUAAAAAUGAGGCUGGGUGUGGAGAGAUUACUCUUUCUCUUUUUGUCUCCCUCUCCCUGCUCUACCCGGCUGUCCUCUUUCUUCUCCUAAUGCCCACAAACUCCCUGUACAACUUACUCUGCUUCCAGUCUGCAUUUCCACUGACUAACGGUUUAAAAAGCAAGCAAGUCGAGCACUCGUUUUAUUCUUAGAUGCACUAUUCACACAAACAUUUUACAUUGCAACUCUUAAUGAUGCCUCGGCAAGUAUCACUUUUACACAAAAACCCCUGCAGUGUGUUGUGGGUUUUCAGGAGAGUAUUUAUCCCAAAACUGUGAAAGUAAAGGUCUUGUCUACCCAAAAAUAUAGGGUUUGUUAUCUAAUUUUAGCUGGUAACCUUUGUUCCAUGUGUCCAGUCAUUCAGUGUUUCAUCAAUCUAACCUGAACUAAAACAGUCUGGCUGUAUACAGUCUCUGAACAUGCAGAAAAGGUUUUCUCUUUUUUAAUUAUUUAAUUUAAAUUAAUUUUCUUUCCUAUUGCUUGCCAUAAUUUUCAGUAUGUAUGUAAUGUAUAUGGUUUCUCUUGAAAAAAGAAAAAAACAGCUCAGUAAUCAGCUGUAGUCUGCAUUUCUCUGUUUACCUACAAUACUGCUAUAGGUGUUACUGCUCAUAUAGUCAGAGCAUCCCACUGUAAUGUAUUAUAAUACUGUAAUAUAAUGUGAGUAUGUGCACGCCUGUGCAUCUUUGUGUGUGUGCGUGUGUGUAAUAUAAUGUGUGUUUGCUGUUCAGUGUACAGUAAAAUGUUUGUACAUCGUGCGUGUGUGAGUUUGUAGCUGUUAACUUUCUGAGUCUUACAUUUACAAUGCACUGUUUGUCAAUAAAGAAGACAAAUUAAUCAAA